AAUUAGUACAUAUACCUGUCCGCCAGAGGUCCCAAAUAUCUGUUGGUCAUUCGCCUUCGUACCUGGAAAGCAUGCGCGGGAAACUUUCAAGAGGAUAAGCAAAAGCAUGCACUUCACCGUUCACCGAAUAAACUUGAUGUUACGCGACUGGUGAGCGCGUAGGACGCCGUUCAAACCCGUUCGUAAACAUAAAAAUAAUUUGAUUUUUUCGAAUCAAAUCCAAACUACCCUGUUUCUUACUGUGUGUCUAUGCUGACGGUCGCUUUAUGCUGUUCAUUUUGGUGAUUUGAAAGCGACGAAAACAGUUAAAGAGCAUGCGACUGCAUCCACAGGUGUCCCCGAUAAAGUUUUGAAACUUUCAGUAUCGGCGUGCGGUGUUGUGCGAGCGGUCAUGGAUUUUGUGAUUUAAAGUGACUUUUUUCUUGGAGAAAAUGUGGAAUUGCAACGGCUGAAGUGCGAUCUACGGAAUGGUGUUGUGCAAACGCGGAAUAUCAACGAGGAUCAUGGAGGAAACUGAACGGGAGCCAUGGAGGAAAUCCUGCAUUUUGAUCAUUCAUAUGGUUGCAGUGCUGACCCUGGUUCAGAUUACUUCAGCAGAAAAUCAACUUCAAGCACCCAGAUUUACAAUAUUCACGAGCAGCAGCAUUAUUAGAUUGGGGACCACGAAAAUCGUCCAGUGCCAAGCCGUUGGUAAUCCCGCACCUCAGUUCAAGUGGCUGAAGGAUGGCAAUCCGAUCACGGAAUUUUCGACCGAUCCGUUCUACAAGAUUAUUUCCGCCAAGUUGGAGGAUGGUGGCAGUUAUCGAUGCAUCGCAUCAAAUAAGAUCGGCUCGAUUCUGAGCGAAGAGCUCAAAAUCAUUGUUGCAUAUAUGAACGUGUUUAAAGACCAAAGCGAAAGAACAGUGGACGUGAUGGAAGGAGAAGCGGCCGUUCUGAAUCUUCCAGAAAUCGACUCCGUUCCUGCACCGGACGUGACUUGGCAAACUGACGAAGGACCGUUGCCGUACGCUCAGAAAUACGCAAAAUCGAAAUCGAAUCAGCUCAUUAUUCUAUCGACUGAGCCAUCGGAUCAGAAGCCCUACAGGGCGCGAGCAAUCAAUACGCAAGAAGGCAAGGAAGAGAACAGCGCCUUUAUCCGGCUGAAUGUGAUAAAAUCGUCGGACAACAGGGAACUCGCCCCCGAAAUCAUAGUCGGCCCCGACGACUUGCAGAUAGUCAAAGGAGCGUCCGAGGCUACUUUGGACUGCAUUGCCAGCGCUCGGCCCCUCUACGAACUGGAAACCUUAUGGUUCAAAGAUGGGAUACCCAUAGAGACUGCCGGAAUCUCGUAUUCGCUCAACGAUAUCUGGAAUCGAAGUUUAGCCCUGGUAUCUAUCAAUACUACGCAUAGCGGAAGCUACCAAUGCAGUGUGAAUUUGAGAUCGGGAGGGUUUCCCAAUGUUACUGCCACCGCCCAGGUGGUAGUUUUGGAGAAACCGAGAUUCCUCAGCAAUGCCAAGCCGGAAACAUUAGCGGAUUAUGGCUCUCAGCUGAACCUUCCGUGUGAUCUGAUCGGCAACCCCCAACCCAACGUAACUUGGUACCGAAACUCGCAGGAACUGGACCUGAGCGAUCAGAGAUACGUGAUCGAAGAAGACAACUCGUUGCUGAUCAAAAAGUUACUGAUCAGCGACAAUUCGAUGUACCAAUGCUUUGCAAGGAACAAAGCGGGAGAGAUCACCCUGUAUACACAUGUUUUAAUUUUAGCCGCCCAUCCGGUGAUGGAAUUUGGGCCGAAAAAUAUCACGGUUUUGGAUGGAAAAGAUGCAACUUUGACUUGUAGAGCCGCAGGGGCUCCCUUGCCCAAUGUGACCUGGAUUUUUAACGGUAAAGACGAAGUAACCACUUCAAGCCGAGUGCAGAUUCUGGAAACGGGCGAUUUGCUAAUCGCGGCUGUACGAGAAAAAGAUGCCGGUUCCUACACGUGUCUUCGAACGAAUGAGGCUGGCGAAGUGAAGGGAUCAGCACAUCUUUCAGUUUUAGUGCGGACUCAGAUCGUGCAACCUCCCGUGGACACGAGAGUCCUUUUGGGCCACACAGCUACUCUUCAGUGCAAAAUUUCGUGCGAUCCUACCGUUCCCUACCAGUUGGAUUGGUUUCGAGACAAACAAAUGAUAAACCCUAGAGGCAGUCAAAGAAUCAACAUACUGCCGGAUGGAAUGCUGGAAAUUCAGGCCGUGAGGGCGUCUGAUGUGGGACAUUACACGUGUGCCGUCCAAUCUCCUGGGGGAAACGAAACCCGCUCUGCCAAGUUGAGCGUCAUCGAACUACCCUUUGCGCCCACAAAUGUUAAAGCCGAAAGAACUGAGGACGGUGGUCAACGAGCAGUAAAUGUGAGCUGGACGCCGGGGUUCGAUGGAAACAGCCCGAUUAAACAGUACAUCGUGCAGAAACGCGAAGUGCCGGAGUUCGGCCCCAUUCCCGACCCCCUGCUCAACUGGGUGACUGAGCUGAGCAACGUUUCGGGCGAUCAGCGCUGGACGAUGCUGACCAACCUCAAGGCGGCAGCUUCUUACCAGUUCAGGGUCAGCGCUGUGAACAGUGUUGGCGAGGGCAGCCCUUCGGAACCGAGCAAUCAAAUUAUGUUGCCGCAAGAAGCACCUUCUGGGCCCCCAGUGGGAUUUGUGGGCUCCGCUCGCAGUUCCUCAGAAAUCAUAACGCAGUGGCAGCCACCGCUCGAAGAGCACAGAAAUGGCCUCAUUUUAGGCUACAUCAUUCGAUAUCGGCUGUACGGUUACAACGACAGCCCGUGGACCAUCCGAAACAUUACAAACGAGGCCCAAAGAAACUACCUGAUUACUGAUCUGAUCACCUGGAAGGACUACGUCGUCCAAAUCGCCGCCUACAACAACAAAGGAGUUGGAGUGUUCACUGACGGGGCGAAAAUCAAGACCAAGGAAGGUGUUCCGGAGGCGCCGCCAAUGAUCCGGAACGUGGAGGCGCUCAACUCCACAGCAGUGCAAAUCUGGUGGAAACCCCCAGAUCCUCAAAAAAUCAACGGGAUAAAUCAAGGCUACAAAAUACAAGCCUGGCGUUGGCACUCCAGUAGGGGCCACGUGGAGGCGAGCAUGAUGACGGUUCAUCCCAACCUUCUAGACCCAUAUGCCGAGCAAUCUGCACUGAUGACGCAUUUGGAAAAAUUCACCGACUACAACAUCACGGUUCUCUGUUUCACUGAUCCAGGCGACGGGGAAAUCAGCGACCUCGUUCCAGUGAAAACUCUCGAAGAUGUUCCCGAUGAGGUUUCCAACUUGCAAUUUGAUGACAUUAGCGAUCGGGCUGUUAAAGUGCUGUGGCAGCCGCCUAAGAAGAUCAAUGGCAUACUGACGGGCUACCAGAUUCAGUAUCAGAUCAAGGACAUGCCAAACACGUUGCGGCUCAGAAACCUCUCAGCUGAUACUUUGAGCGAAAAAGUGAAUGAGCUUCAAGCCACUACUCAUUAUCGAUUCGAAGUUACUGCUUGGACUGCUGUCGGACCUGGACCUCCUAAGAUUGCCAUUAUCCAGUCUGGAGUGGAGCCAGUUCUGCCUCAUCCGCCUUCCAAGCUGGCCCUAUCGAACAUCGAAGCAUUUUCGGUUGUGCUUCAAUUCACGCCAGGCUUUGAUGGCAACUCUUCCAUCACCAAGUGGACUGUGCAAGCGCAAACUACCAGGAACGCCACUUGGUUUACCGUGUAUGAAAUCAGCGACCCAGAUGCGACCACUAUUACCGUCACCGGCUUGGUUCCGUUCACUUUGUACAGAUUACGUUUGAUAGCGAACAAUGUGGUCGGGUCUAGCAUUCCCUCAGAAGCAACUAAAGAAUUCCAGACUAUUCAGGCACCUCCAGCUCAUCCGCCGAAGAAUGUCACCGUUCGCGCCAUGAGCGCCACUGAAUUACGAGUUCGUUGGACCCCUUUGCAACAAAUUGAAUGGUUUGGAAACCCCAGAGGAUACAACAUCAGCUACAUCGAACUGAGAACUGGUCACAUUUACAGUGCCUCAAUCGAAGAUCACACUGCCAACUCGCACGUAAUCAUCGGGCUUGAAGAAUUUGCUCUGUACGAAAUUCGAAUGCAAGCAUGCAACGAUGUCGGCUGUUCUUCGGUAGGACCGAAAGCCCUUGAAAGAACACGAGAAUCGGUACCAACCUUUGGGCCUUUGAACGUGAUGGCAAACGCAACCUCAUCCACUACCAUAGUGGUAAAAUGGGGCGAAGUGCCCAAGGAGCAUCAGAACGGUCUGAUCGAGGGCUUCAAAGUCUACUAUGCCACUGAUAUGAAAAGUUCCGACUACAAGGUUAUCCCCAAUAAUUCCACCUUCACAACCACUCUGACGGAGCUGAGAAAAUACGUGGUAUAUCACGUCCAGGUUCUGGCGUACACUCGUCUGGGAGAUGGCGCGCCCAGUAAACCAGCUAUGAGUGUGCGAACCUUCGAAGAUGCUCCUGGGGCGCCCUCAAACGUAUCAUUCCCCGAUGUGUCGUUCACUUCGGCCCGAAUAAUAUGGGAUGUACCCGAAGAACCCAACGGCGAAAUCCUAGCUUACAGAGUGACCUAUCACAUCGACAACGCAAACUCAAACAGCAAAUACGCAAAAGAGUUUCCUCCCUCAGAUAGAACGUUCCGAUUCACGCAGUUGGAAGCGGAGAAGUUCUAUCUGUUCUCUAUCACAGCUCAGACGAGGAGUGGAUGGGGCAACACAGCGCAAGCUUUGGUUUUCACCACCAACAACCGCGAACCACCCACGGAACCUUCGGUGCCGCAAAUCAGCAGAUCGCAGAUCCAAAGCAGAGCAAUCACUUUCAGUUGGACGCCUGGAAGAGAUGGCUUUGCACCACUGAGAUACUACACUGUUCAAAAAAUGGAAAACAAUGGACCAUGGCAAUCGUUGCCGGAAAGGGUGGAUCCACAUCUCAAUUCAUACACUGUUCAGAAUCUGAAACCCUUCACUACUUAUCGGUUCAGGAUACAGGCAACAAACGACAUUGGUCCGAGCAGGUUUAGCCCGGAAUCUAUUGAAGUUCGAACGUAUCCAGCUGCUCCAAGCAAACCUGUGUCUGGGCUCAAAGUGGUCCCAAUAACUACAACAAGUGUGGAAGUUUUCUGGAUACCCAUUGAGGAGCAAUACUGGAGUGGCGAUACCAAAUCGGGUGGAUAUAAGGUAGUUUUUCAGCCCGUUUCGGACUUUCCCACCGCUCUACAAGCCACACCCAAUGAAGAAGUAAAAGGAAUUAAUGCCAACAAGAUGGUUCUCAAUGAACUGCUCCAAGACAAAAACUACGAAAUCAUUGUGGUGCCAUUCAACAUCCAAGGAGAAGGACCUGCCAGCCCACCCGUCACUGUUUACGUGGGAGAAGCAGUACCGACGGGAGAACCGCGAGCGUUGCAAGCAAAACCGGUGUCUUCGACCGAAGUGAGACUGAAAUGGAAGCCGCCUCAGCAACACAUGCAAAACGGAGAACUGCUCGGAUAUAAAAUCUUCUACUUGGUGAUCAACUCGCCGCAAGAGCUAGAAGACGGCAAGAAAUGGGAGGAGGAAAUCGAGAUAGUGGCGCCGUCGUCCACUUCUCACAGUCUAGUUUUCCUGGAUAAAUACACAGAGUACCGCAUCCAGAUUUUGGCGUUUAACCCAGCGGGAGAUGGGCCCAGAUCACAACCCAUAUUAGUAAAAACCUUCCCAGGUCUUCCCAGCGCGCCGGUUAAUCUAAGAUUUACCGAAAUCACCAUGAACAGUCUGAUGGUGAUGUGGGAUGCCCCGAAAAAGCCAAACGGCGAGAUUGUCGGGUAUAUCGUCACAUACGAAACGGCAGAGGAAAAUGAAAGAUUCAGCAAACAAGUCAAGCAAAAAGUAACCACCAACUCUUUGCAAGUGCAGAGUCUGGAAGAAGAAAUUACGUACACGUUCACGGUUAGAGCGCAGACAUUCGACUUUGGCCCUCACAUAUCAAACAACGUAACCACAGGACCUCAGGAAGGAUCACCUGGGUCUCCCAAGGAAUUGACUGUGGUCAAACAACUGUCCAAUGUGGAACUGCACUGGUUAAAUGGGCCGACUGGAAAAGGGCCUAUUUCGGGAUACUAUUUGGAAUCGCAACGUAAAGAUGACUCCCGAUGGCAAACAGUGACAAAAACUAGCAACGGACCGUUGCAAGAUUUCACCAUUUCCUAUCAAAGCCUUUUGCCCUCCACUGCAUACAUUUUCCGAGUGAUUCCCUACAACAAAUUUGGAAUCAGCUGUCCAGCAAUGUCCAGGGACUACAUUCUGACUCCUUCCAAGUUAUACAUGGAAUACGGAUACCUACAAAACAGUCCCUUUUACAGACAGACUUGGUUCAUGGUUGCUUUGGCUGCCACCUCAAUUAUUAUCAUUAUCACGAUUAUAGCCAUUCUCUGCGUGAAGAGCAAAAGUUACAAAUACAAGCAGGAGGCUCAAAAAACUCUGGAGGAAUCAAUGGCAAUGUCGAUGGGCGACCAUCAGGACCUGGCAAUGGACUACUACAGAUCGAAAGGUGCGAAUGGAACCAUUACUGCUAUUGGAACUUUGAGCAAACGGGGCGGGCAGAGAAAGCAGCCUCACAAUCAACCUCCAACGAUACUGGGAAAAUCCCCACCCAGACCUUCUCCAGCCUCAGUGCCCUACAACUCAGACGAGGAGAGUUUGAAGGGUUACGACGAGAAUCCAGACGAUAGCAGCGUAACAGAAAAGCCAUCUGAAAUGAGCUCAUCUGAGCAGGGUUCGGAGAGUGAGAACGAAAGUGUGAGAUCCGACCCACAUUCCUUCGUAAAUCACUAUGCCAAUGUGAACGACACGCUACGCCAGUCUUGGAAGAGGCAAAAACCCGUGAAAAACUACAGUAGUUACACUGACUCGGAACCGGAGGGUAGUGCGGUGGUUAGUCUUAAUGGUGGUCAAAUCGUCCUGAAUAACAUGGCACGAUCGAGGGCGCCCCUGCCCGGGUUCUCUUCGUUCGUUUAGGUCAACUUUUAGCUAAUUUCCCAAGUCCAUGGACUGGCGAAUUGGGCUGAAAGCUAGUUGAACCGGGUUUUGUUUCAUCCACUGCCAAAACGAACAAAACUUCGCCAGUCCAUGAGAGCUUUAACUCCACUUCCUUGAUUUUAUAUUUCUUAAAUAGAACUAUCUGUGAAUGCGUAGCUACUUAAGAAUUACUUAUUAUUGUACAUACAUAAAUAGUGUAUAAUUAUAAAAGUUUUAUCUUAUGGACCAAAUGUGGGCAAGCACCUUGCCUGAUCUCGUUGGCAACUGUGAAAGAAUGGUAGAAUCAUUGCGUUCUAGUAUUUUUUCGCCAAGUCAUUUUCAGAUGGAUCCUUAUUUAACCUCGAACGAUCGUUUGGAGGCAAAUAACAAGACCAUCUGAAGUAAGUAUUGACAGUAGGUUAUUGCAAUCUAUUACUUAGCAAAUAGUUAAGUAGUGUAGCCAUAAUAUUGCAGCCAUAUUUAUUUCAACUGAACCUGCAUAAUCGGCGGUUUGGUUGCCUUAUAGUCUGUUUGAUUGCGAACUUAUUUAAGUACGAAAAAUAUUCGCAAAUAUUUCAUAUUGUCGAGCAUGGUAUUUAUUACUUAUCUAUACUAAACAUGAAGUCAAGUAAGAUAUCUCCAUCUUUUGAAUAAUUACUCAGAAGUUUCCAUGGGUUGAUACGGGUAUGCUCCAAUUUUUUUCCAUUAUAUUUCGCCCGGUAUACACAGUCGGAUUCGGAUACAGUACAAAAAUAGUAUGAAAAGUUCUUAAACAUGUUUUUGUACUCACUCCUCCUAUCUAAAAAUUACUAGUAUAAUGAAAGCAUUAUUUUUUGUGAUAACAGUCGACAAGCUUGCAUAAGAUGAGCAAAUGAAAUUAACAAAGGUCCAAAGGCAAUUGUGACUUCUUUUCAUUGCCAAACACGGACUGGAUACAGUAUUUGUGUAUUUGCGAUACACAUUCUAUCACAAAUACACGAAACAAAUGUGACUAUUUUCAAAUAGAUGGAAACUUUGACUGAGAAAAUGCACUUCUUGUUGAUAGCAUGGAAAAAAAUGGUAUGUGUAUUAUCAUGAUCUAAUAACAUGUUUCGUAGUUCUUGGAAUCAAAUAUUGCUCUAUUAGUAUUUCUGCAAGCUUAAUUACUGUUAGGUUUACAAAAAAAAUAUUUUGUUAUACCGAUACUUAUUAAAAAAAAACGGAUUCAAGGACCGAUAUCUUUGCAGCAGAAGACCGUAGAAAAAUCACGAGAUGUGGACAUUUUGGUUAGCAUACUUUGGAUUUUUGGUAUUAAUAUUGUUGUUCAAAUUGACGAGAGAAAAUUCGUUUAAAAUCCCUACAGAGAAACUGAAGAUUUUUUUGAAAAUAAUUUAGCCGAGAGCAAUAUUGAAGAAAAAUGCGAGAAAACUAAACAAUUUAUUUACAGGUGUGUGCGACAAAUAAUACAAUGGUAAAGCCACUCGUAUUUAGAAACUUAUUCUGCAUAAUUGACUUAUCUCAAAACAGCCGAAAAACUUCAUAAAUUUAUAAAGUGUGACUGCAAUGAACAAAAUCUAUUGUUUACGGUGCGACAAGGCAAAAGGCAUUUACCAUUAUGGCAGAAUGAAUCUUUUAAACGCGACAAUAUUGUUUAAAAAAAUAUCGGUUAUAUAGUUGAUAAAAUUAACUAACCAAACCAAUACAUUAAUGGCAAAAAAAUAAUCUUCUCUUCUCGGUUAGAAAAUAAACAAAUAUAACGAACUUUUAUUGACCCUCAACACUCCAUAAUGAACAAAAAUCUAAUACGACCUCUAGUUGACUCUAGACUCAAACAUGUAUCGUAUAAAAAAUUUGUUUCCUAUAAAACAAUGCGACUAUAAAUCUGGGCACGUUAACUCUUUUCAAUCUAAUCUCUUACUGGCUGGACAUAAAGUACAUAAAGUAGGAAAAAAUCUAGUAAUUGAACAUUUUUUCGUUCUCAGCUCUAAGAAAUUGAAAAUUUUGUUAAUCAUUGAAUUUUUCCAAUAUUACAAGCCGAUGUUUGUCACUUGUGAUUAUUAUUAUAUUGUCAUUUGUUUAUUAUUUUUGAGCGACGUGUUUUGUUUAUACGCGUGAUCACCAAGAGCUGUAAUCAACUUGAGUCAGAUAUUUUGCCGCCUGCGUUCGUAAUUAUUUGCCUCUCUCUCUCAGGCAUCUUGGUUUGUAAUCAAAAGAUGUCAUUUGUGAUUUCCACAGCAUUGAAAGUAAAUUGAACACCGUUUAUUUUGUGAGGCGAUCGAGUUCUUUAGUUAUUCAGUUCAUUUAUAUUAAUAUUAACGGCAUAGAAACACUUUCUCUUUCCAAAACUUGGCAAUUUUUUGCACAAAAAUUUAAAUUAUUGCAAUUUUUCGAAUUUGUGUCGGAGCGCACAACCCUUCCUAUCCAAAAUGAAACAAUUAACUUAACUAAUUAUCUCGAUCUCGAAAGCUUCUAACUUGAUUACAAUGGAAAUUUAUCGAUAGGUUGGACUUUACUUUUGUUUGUGAUAUAGAUGUUUCAGUUCGUUAUGGAACAAAUGUUCCCAUAACUUAAAAUACUCUAGGUAGCUUAGUUUAUAAUUUUUUAAUGCAGAAAAUAAUUUUGGAAAGCUGUAAACUGGGAACAUUUUGGAGUACUUAUUAUGUAGUAUGGAGAUAAAUUACUUUGCUGCGAAAUUAAUAAAGCAUCUAUAAAUGCAGUGUCAUCAAUAAAACACAAACACUAAAUUUCACAAAAGCUAAAGACACAUAAACACGUCUCUAAUUUUCCGUCUAAUAGUCGUUUUAUAUUGGCACUGUACAAAAAAUAACCUACUGUCGAGCGCACUGAACAAUUGAUUAAUUAAUUGAUAGUUGAAAUAGCAUUUCUAAAAUUUUAACUAUAUGAAAUAAAAGACUUAAGUAGGUAAGUUUUGUACAUACUAUUUUUUACUAUUCUAUUCUAUUGUUGAUAUUUACCUUUAAGGAAUAGGGUAACAGAGCUUUAGGAUUAUUACUACAUCACUGUCAAUUAAAUCGGCUCUACAUACCUCUCUAAUGAACAUUGUCUAGGAAAAUUGAAAAGCUUUUGAAGGAAAAGUCAACUGAGUCAGAAGCAGAUAAACCUGAUUCAGUUGCAGCUCAUUCACAUUCAUGGAAAUAUGUUAUCGCUAGAUAUCCAUUGUAUAUUAUUUGUUAUACAUGUGUAAAAUCUCAAUUAUUUCACUUGCAGUAUUAUUAAUUUGUAUGAGUGUGAAAAAUGCGUAAUAUCGAAAUAUGUAAACUUUUAGGGUGUCGUGCAAAACACUGUAUUUUACAAUUUUUACAAAAAAGUAGAUCUGAUUUUACUUACUUUGCUCAACUGUUAAUUUCCAUUCUUGCAUAUCUAAUUGACUAUUAAUUUGUCUGUUAUCACUAGUGUAAAAUGUAAAUCAAUGAUUUCUUCCUUUGAAGAACAUCCUUAUCUCUACUGCCUUUAUUACAUUUAAUUUAUUAUAUUUAACAGCUGUUUGUAUAAUAAAUCUGUGAUUCUUUAGAACAAA